CCUUAUAAACUUCACUAAAAAGCUGUUUAGUUCGCUGUUAGCUGAUUUUGAAGUAUGUGUUUGUUUUCGAAAUAUUUUUUAUAAUUCCGUGAAAUUGCCGUUUCUUUUAUAAAGCUUAUUGAAAUGGGGAACUCUGAGAAAACGUGCAGGCUUUGCCUCAACGUCUUUGGCGACGGCAGCUUCAAAACAAUAGAUGGUACCAUUAGAGAAGUUCUUGACGUUCUUCUGCUGAAGCUGAGCGUGGAAGAUAAUAAAUCCGUAAUAUGUAAUUCCUGUACCGUAAGACUGUUUGCCGCAUUUCAAUUCAAAGCAACUUGUAUGGAUACCGAAGACUGCAUCUUUCCUUACGUUAAUUCCGAAAAGAAGGAACCGGUAGACUUAAUGGGCAUUUAUUUAAAGGAAAAAGGUAAAGAACAUUUAAAAGACAGCUUAGAAGAUGAGAGGAUUUGUCGGCUGUGUAUGCAAGUAGUCCCUUGGGAGUUUACAUCAGUGGAAGAAGUUGAUGUUGAUAUGCUCCGCAAAUAUAUUCCAGAAGUGAAUUUCAGUUCCACCAAAGAACCCGUCUUGUGCAAAGUUUGCCACGAUUCGCUAGGCACCCAUACGAGUUUCUUAAACAAUUGUAUGGAUGUGGAAGAGAAAAUAAGAAAUAUGUGUAACAACAAUGCGGCAGAGGGCCUGUCCUAUAUUAAAACUGAAGAUGUUGAAAUAAAACAUGAAGAAAACGAUGACGAUAGUGACGCACUGUUGGAAAUCCCAGGAGACGAACGCGUGGACUACUCGAGCGAGUGUGGCCUAAGAGAUACAGAAACAAAAAAUCAUAGGCUCGACAGUAAGAAGCACGAAUCGAACCACAGCGAUUCGACGCAGUUAAAAAAGUACAAAUGUGACUCGUGCGAUUACGAAUCUGUCCGUAAGAAGAACCUUAGACAACACGAGUUCAUGCACAAGGACAUACCGGCAUCCCGAAAGUACCAGUGUUACACCUGCGGUUUUGAAACCAAACGUAGAACCUCCAUGGUGGACCACCAACUGGUACACCGGGACUUUUCCCAAGUACGAACUUUCAAGUACGAUGUGUGCGAUUACCAGACGAUCCACGAAUGCUCUCUCAAGAAGCACUCUUUAGUUCCCACGGAUCCGUCCCAGAGAGAAUCGCACAAAUGCGACUACGAAUCAGACCGUAAAAUCAACCUCACUCGCCACCGGGAAAGACACGAUGACCUGGUGCAGACGCGGAUGUUAAAAUGCGACACUUGCAGUUACGGAGCCAAGAGCAGGAGAACUCUAAUCGCCCACCAGAAAAGCCACGAAGCGUCCACCGAGCAAAUGUUCAUGUGCAACACGUGCGGCUUCGAAACCAAGAACAAGCAUUACCUCGUACGACAUAACUUGGCACACGGGAAACCCGCAGAAUACAAAUCCCCCGUGAAGAAGUACAAGUGCGAAUUCUGCCAUUACGGGUCUUACGCUAAGGUGCACUUACAGCUUCAUAUGCUGAAACACGGGGACUGUCCCGACAUACCGACGUACUCGUGCGGGAAGUGUGAUUAUAAAACGAAGCGGAAGUGCAACUUGAAGCGCCACCAACUGUCCCACCAAGACUUUUCCCAGGCACGCCAAUACAAGUGCCACACGUGCGGUUUCCAAACCAAACAGAAGUCGAACCUCGGUCGUCACCAGCUCACGCACAAGGACACAUCUGAGGUGUUGACUUACAAGUGCGACGUUUGCGGCAUGGAGACCAUUCACAAGUACAACUUCAUAAAGCACCAGGCGAUCCACAAGGAUCGCUCGCAGGUACGGAUGUACAAGUGCGACGUGUGCGACUUUGAAACGAAGCACAAGAGCAGCCUCGGGACGCACCGAGAGAAGCACACGAUUCCUCGGGGAACGGAAACUUACAAGUGCCACCUUUGCGACUACGUAACCACCUGUAAGAAAAAUUUGGCUACCCACCGGUUCAAGCAUAAACCGUUGUAUAGGUGCGAUACUUGUGACUACGAGACUAAAUGGAAGUUCCACCUCUCUCGGCACAUGGUAGUACACGGUAGCUCUUCCAAGGAGCGAAAGCACAGGACCCACUAA